AUGAAAUAUGCCAUCAGUGUGCAUCUCGCAUCCUCACAUUCCCAGCUUGUCGGCAGCGUACCCGCUACUGAGGGUCUACGUACGCGCUUGGCACCCGCGCCGUCCCGAGGCAAUAGCAUUCAAGCCCCCCACGACGAAGCAGUCUGGCCGAGAACAAUGCCCUGCUCCGCCCUUGGCGUGUCGCCCGCCAACCUCACCGAGACAGACAAACUGCAGUACGCGGCCAUUGAGCGAGCUCAGCUUGAGAAGCUCACUCAGAUUAUCGACGCGCUGGGCAAAAUCGAAGUGCCGACUAUCAGAAAAGAUGCACUCAGCGGCCUGUCUAUAGCUCUGGGUGCGCAGCUCAACGUGGACGAAAGCCCAAGCUCCCUGUCGGAUAUCUCUGAAACAUUUUUUGGGCCUUGCGACUGGCCGCUUGAGGUUCUGCAUUCCCGAAAACAUCACGCUCUGGCUCCGGCAGUGCCUGCACACAUUAGGCCACAUGGCACCGGAUCUAUGGGGCUUCUACUGCUCUCCAGGCUCUAUCCGAUCCGCAAUCGGACUGCGUGUACCUUUUCGCUACUUCCACCCACGGCCCUGGCGCGCUGCGCCAUAUCACCAAUACUACGCACACUCUGCGAAGCUGAGGCGGCCGCCGCGCUGGUCAAGUUUCAGCUCGAAGACGGCAGCUACACAGAUCACCAUACCAAGCCGGUCCUCGUCGCGACGAUUCUGCGAAACCAGACCGCUCGUCUCACGCAGGCUUGCUUCGACGGCAAGCAGAACAUGCUCGUCAUGCGCCAAUCGCGCACGCUCGAUCUGUCAGGGGCGGCGCCGAGCCCAGACGCGUGGACGCUGCUGCGAUGGAUUGCUAGCCAGCCAGUUGGCGAAACCCGGUACGCCACAGGAGACGCCAAAGAGGGCACCUGCGGCGAUGACCCUGCCAACCUUGCUCCCCGAAUAGCGGUCUAA